AUAUGUACUCAGACAACCUAAAUAAUUGUUUCGCUGACAUUACAAUAAUUAGAAUGACAAACACGUACAAUGCUAUAAAAGGACAUAGCUACUAGUCACCGCACCUGUACUUCUACUCAGUAUAAAAAAUCCCCUUACCAUUAAUAACAAGCUAGUAACUACACUUACAGUUUUGCUUGGGCUCAAAACACAGUGAACACACCACGUUGAAGUGAAACAUGUCGCGAUACGACUGUGUUGUCCGGGGGUUUAUCCAACAUUGGACGACGUUUGAGCGUCCUGCCAGUCAACUGCCAGGAAAAAGAAAGCACGGUGAUUUGUGAUCACAUGGUUCUCAACUUGUCACGUGAGCCGGACUGGGCCGGUCAUGUGACUUGUGAUCCACUUUUCAGCCGCAAACAUAGGCUGUAACCGACAGAGUGAAAACAUGAGAGCGUGGAUGAAAACAUGCUUGCUACUGUUGGCCGCUGUGCUUCCAGUCCAAACACGGAGAUGCUCGUCCUUUUUCUGCAGAAAAUAUCACAAUAUCAGCACCCUCAAUGGUGUGGACCCUGGAUCUCCUCUUUUUAUCACUCCCUACCUAGAGAAGGGCGCCAUUGAUGAAGCCAGGACACUAAGUCAAGUUGGAGAGCUACCUGGUGAAAACGUGAAGGGUUAUGCUGGUUAUCUCACAGUCAACAAGAAAUACAACAGUAAUCUCUUCUUCUGGUUCUUCCCUGCACUCAUGCCCUCCCAGAAGAAGGCCCCAGUUCUGCUGUGGCUCCAAGGUGGUCCUGGUGGCACCUCACUGUUUGGGCUCUUUGUGGAACAUGGACCGUAUGUGGUUUAUAAGAACAUGACAGUGGGUCUGAGGGAUUACGCCUGGACCAAAAGAUAUUCCGUGUUAUACAUUGAUAAUCCAGUUGGAACAGGUUACAGCUUCACUGAUGACGACAGAGGUUUUGCUCAGAAUCAGGAUGAUGUUGGCAGAGAUCUAUACAGUGCUUUAACACAGUUCUUCCAACUCUUUCCUGAAUAUCAGUCCAAUGAGUUCUAUGCUACUGGAGAGUCAUACGCGGGGAAGUACGUUCCUGCUGUCUCAUACUACAUCCAUAAAAACAACCCCACCGCCAAGGUGAAGAUCAACUUUAAAGGCAUGGCCAUUGGCGACGGCCUGUGUGACCCGGAAAUGAUGUUGGGUGGCUAUGGUGAGUUCUUGUACCAGACGGGCAUGAUUGACGAAGUCCAAAAACAGUACGUCAUCAAGCAGACCGACUUGGGGGUCAAGCUCAUCCAACAGCAGGAAUGGCUGGAAGCCUUCAAGGUUUUUGACAGCUUACUAAAUGGUGAUGUGGCAACAUACCCUUCCUUCUUCCAAAAUGCAACAGGCUGCACCAACUACUUCAACUACUUGUUAUGUCAGGAACCCGAAGACCAGGAAUACUUCAGCAGCUUUGUGACGCUGCCAGAGGUGCGACGCGCCAUCCACGUGGGCACCCUGGAGUUCCACGACGGCUCGGAGGUGGAGAAGCACCUGCUGCAGGACGUGAUGAAGAGCAUCAAACCCUGGCUGGGUGUGCUCAUGGACAACUAUAAGGUGCUGAUCUACAGCGGCCAGCUGGACGUGAUCGUAGCGGCUCCUCUGACUGAGAGGUUCCUGCCCACCGUCAACUGGACCGGAGCAGCGGACUACAGGACGGCCCCUCGCUUCCCCUGGAAGGUCCAGCCCACUGACACGGAGGUGGCUGGGUUUGUCAGACAAGUGAGAGAGUUUUACCAGGUCAUCAUCAGAGGAGGCGGCCAUAUUCUGCCGUACGACCAACCAGCGAGGUCCUUUGAUAUGAUUGACAGGUUCCUCUCUACACGAGGAUGGAUUUAGAGGGAAGGUGAUCAACCACUGUGAUAAGUUGAUGGAAAUCAGCACAACGAGAGAUUGAGUAAUAUUUGCUGAUCAUCUGAUCAUUUGGUGCGCAUGUUUUAGUCGUAAUAUCAAAGUACAAAUACAAAAUGCCUUGUAUUAUUUUAAGUCAGUCUGAAUGUGGACUGUUUCAUGGGUGUUUUUAAAGGAACCAUUGCUGCGUUUGUUUUUCCUACCAGAGAAAAUACAGUAUUUGAUUUUAUUCUUCUUUUUUUUUUUAAGCAAGUUUGUGACUUGAUUUACCAGGAAAUUAAAUUCACUU